AGUAAAGCGAUAGCGCAGUCAGUGUCUCCUGGAUGCACGGGCCAUGGAUAAAGUUACGGCGGGAUAAAGACAGAUAAUGGAAGGCGCACUGGGGAAAAUUGUCGCUAGAUCUAAAAGUCAACCCAGACGGUGGUGGUUUGCUUUCGGCGUUGUUGUCUUGUUUUUCGAGAGGCGCCAAGUACAAAAGCGAUACCAGUGCUGUUUGCUCCACCCGAUGCCCCAACGCUGCAGAAUGGGCCAGAUAGGUUUGUGAAAUCCGAACAAAAAAGGAAACUACAUUUUCACGACGUUUUGCCUGUUUGCCCCUGAAAUAGCUAAAACUGGUGUCAGAAAACAGUCCCGCAGUACUGUGAAAGCAACCGCGAAGUCCGCACCAAUUGCUUCUAAGGAAAUCUAAACAGACCCAUUGUAAUCAAACUUUACAUCUUCUUUUCAUAAUGGUAACAAUAACAAACUUUUUCAAAAAACAUUUCAGCAGGCAUUUAACAAACAGGCAAUGUGACAAAUAUAGGUAUGUAAUUUGAAAUCGGAGACGAAGCCCGAGGUGAUUAAAAUGUUUGAAGCAGGGCAAAAGAAAAAGAAGAAAAAGGAAAAAAAAAACAGAAAGAAAGAAAAAUAUAUAUGUUUACAAAUUCCUUUCUAAGUGCUAUAUAAAUUGUUAAGGUCAUCAGGGUAUUUGUGAUUAAAGGUUUUGAGUUGAGUGGAGUUGAUGCCGGGGUAAAAAAAAAGAAAAAAGGUAAAAAAAAAAAAAAAAAAAAAAAAAAACUGCUCGUGUUGUGUAAUAACCCUCACUACCAGAGAUAAAAGUUAUGUUCACCGUUCCCCGUGCUAUCUGCAGUGUCGCCAGAGUCCAACUCUAGCGCCAGCCCAGUGGUGUAUAGCUUUAAUAAGAAGGCAGAUGAGACGAUCUAUCCAGUGGUAGUCCCCCACUGUCCCGAUUACUGGCUAGGUCCUCGGCGCAGUAACACGGUGUUUCCACCUGUGUGAAGGCAACUCCACUCUGUUACACACGCUGUAGGAGUCACCGCUGUUAAGGGGCUCUCUGGACGGCGAUUUAUAAUACAUAAAAUAUGAACUGCAGAGAGCCGAGCUGUUCUCUCGCCAACUUAUCGACUCGAUUGCCGUGUCAGUUAUAAUACUAUAGGCGCACUGGAAUUUUUUGUUCAACCUUAAUUACUUCUGGAGAUGCUGUAAUCAAAAAGCGUCGCAUGAUAAUUGUCAGUAUCAAAGUGUGUGUGUUUGUUUGUCGGCGUGUGUCACUGUCUUCUCUCUGUCACAUUCUCUCGGAUCAGUUUGUUCCGACUUCGGUUCUAACCAGUUUGUGGAUUUAUUGCUACGGAAGAAGAGGAGGAAGAAGACUUUGUAACAGGAAAUUCCUUCUUGGAUUUCGAUAACAAGUUUGUCGCUAAAGGUCAACGAGUGUGUAAAAUACCCAAGUGUCACCAAAAGGCCAAACUCGACUGACGGCGAAUUGUGUUCCUUCGCUCUCCGGUUUCUUGGAUAGGUGUCGAUUUUAUACGACGAGGACGAGAGGGAUACGUUGUCACCACCACCACCGCCAACACCCGCUCAAGCUUUGGAUAUAAGUUUACAAAACAUCGUCCUCACCAAGAAGAUUAAGCUAGAAUAAGCGAAUGAAAUCUAGGAGAAACAACGAGGACACUGCCGAGCCCUGUAAGCACCGGCCACUACAAGACACGGGUCCGGAGCUGACGAUUACAGACUUGGGUGAAGAAGGAUAGCAUUAAAGAAAAGCUUUGAAGACUUUUCCAGAUAUAUAUUUAUAUACUCCGGGUGCUUUGGAUUUUUGGUGCGUGCAGGACUUUGUUUUCCAAUAUACAUCUGGUGCGUCAGAUAAUUCAGCAUCGAGAAUUUCCAACACACUUUGUAGGUGCAUCUGGGUUCAAACGACGUUUCGGAAAUAAGAAUUUUCCAACUCUUCGCGUUCAAAUAUACCCUUGGUGCAACAGAUUGUUUCAAAUAUACGUCUGGUGCAACACUGUUUCAGAUAUACUCUACGUGUAUCAGACUGUUUCAACAUUUGGUGGGUGCGUCAAGACUUUUACCAGCGUACUCCGGGUGCGUCAAGACUUUUUACCAGCGUACUCCGGGUGCGUCGACAUUACCAGCGUACUCCGGGUGCGUCAAGAUUUUUCCAGCGUACUCCGGGUGGUAGCUUGCUCGGGAUUGAACGAGGCUUGCACUGUGACCGCUCUAAGAGGGUUAUUGUUGCUGUUGCUGCCGCCGCUACUGCUGCUGAGGCAUUUGGUGGGGGUAUGGUGUCCACUUCGGUUCACUGAUCCUGGCUAAUGGAUUGUACACUUACCACACAUGGUAUUGUCCUGCGGCGCACUCCCCCGUCCAGGACGCAUCUCGGACUGACAUGAGCGCCAGUCUGGCUCUUCCCCUGUUUACUGGACCGCUGUCUCUACCGCCGUACCCCACCCUACCCAGGCAACGCCGGCACCCUUAUGACGUCACAUCCCACGUGUGCAGCUGUCUACGCCGGUCAACGUCUCAGGUGUGUGAAUAUAUCAAAGAUUGUACGUUGUGUGUUCAUUGUGGCAUUGCUCAUGCAUUCGUGUGUAGCCUACCCACGGAUAGAAGAACAGAGGGGUGACACCCCGGGGGCCGUGUACUUCAGGACAAGGUUCUGCAAGCCUCUCAGUGAGGAGGAUCUCGAGAGACUUAUGGGUUCCGCCUACGACAGGUCCCGGAUGACCAACAACGAGGAGGAAGCCAAGAGGAGUUUCGUAAAGGACGACUCGGACAUUGACUCGGACCGACUGUCCCACAGAGAUGCGGACAGUAGUUUACAGGGAGACGAUCCGAACGCGGGGUAUGUAGAUAGCUACGGGGAACACGACGAUGGAUAUCCUCCUGACCAUUCCCGGGGAAAACAAUUUGACAGAGACUUCCAUUCGGAUUCGUUCCAUAGUAAAUAUCAGACUAACAGAAAAAAAUAUCAGUUCAUGAGGAAGAAACGAGACGUUCUGGACGAUGAUAGCUUAUUGCAUCUCAAACUCUUACUCAGCGAGGGCAGGAGUAGAAAGAAACUUAGAAAACAGUUAAAGAAAAAACUCAAGCAGGAAAUUAGAAAAUCAAACAUUUUAAAUAAAAAGCCUCCGUGGGAGUGCGAGAUGAAUGAAGCGUUCGUAAAGAAAGAAGGCUUCUUUCCUCGCUAUGUGCGGAGCGGUAGGUGCAAGACGGACAAAUGUUUUUACAAGCUAUACAACUGUGAACCACAAUUAUACGGAAUUAAACUCUUGCAAAGGGACCCACAUCAGUGCAACCCAGUUCCCACGAUAGGGUCAAACACCACAUACGAAGAGAAAUGGAUCUUCAUAAAACAUACUGUGACCGUCGGCUGUAACUGUGUUCGCAAAGAGAAGCCAAAACGACGGCGUAGACAUUAGCGCCCUGACAGUUUUGUUGUGUCCGAAACACACACACACACACACCCCAUAGCAUUUUCAAAGUUCUCAAUAUUGUUUGUUUUCUGCUUGUUUUGUUACAUUUUGACUGACGAGACAGCCAUGACCAGACGGAACCAUGCUAAUACGGUUCUCCAGUUUAUCGGGUAGUCCAUGAAGUGCGACAGUUAUGAACAGUCUGAUGAAAUUCAGAAAUAGCUGCAACAUUUCAGUGGUUCAUAUAGGGGUACACCGGGGAGAUACUUUUUCUCCUUACUUGUUAAUGUUUGUUACUGAAGUCCGAAGAGGAACAUGUAUGUAUGUAUGAAUAUGAAUUAUUAUUUAUGGUAUAUGUAUUUAAAGUCAUUAAAUUAAUAAUUGUUGCCUA